AUAUCCAUAUUUUCUCUUCUAAAGCCUCUCUCUCUCUCUAAUAUUUCUCUUCACUUGAUAAAGGGAAAUGGAGUCAUCAUGUGAGACGACCGUUACUCCACCGUCAUCUCGCUCCGUUUCGCCGUCCUCCUCUUCUUCCCCUCCGCCGCCGCCAUCUCUGGUGGUGAGCCCUUGCGCCGCGUGUAAGAUCCUGCGGCGGAGAUGCGCCGAGAAAUGUGUCUUGGCACCCUAUUUUCCUCCCACUGAUCCCCUCAAGUUCACCACCGCUCAUCGUGUGUUCGGCGCUAGCAAUAUUAUCAAAUUUUUGCAGGAACUGCCGGAGUCUCAAAGGGCGGACGCCGUGAGCAGCAUGGUGUACGAGGCGAACGCGCGGCUGCGGGACCCGGUCUACGGCAGCGCCGGCGCGAUCUGUCACCUGCAGAAGCAAGUGAGCGAGCUCCAGGCGCAGCUAGCGCAGACGCAGGCGGAGCUGCUCAACAUGCAAUUCCAGCUGCAAGCGCAAGUAGCCAACCACCUCAUGGCCCGCGUUUGCAUGGAAAUGCCGCCGCCGCCGCCGCUGCCGCUUCACCACCAAUCCGGUUUCGACAGCUUCGGCGCCGUCACGGCGGCGACAGAAACCGCCCAACAUCAUGGUCUCCUUAGUACCUUAAGCUCCCUCGACGACAACAACAACAACUUCGGCCAUUCCUUCAGCUGGGAGCUGCAGACUAUGUGGACAUGAAAUACACACACCUCUAAAGUUAAUCUAACUUCAAUCCAGCUAGUUUACCAGUAUACAGUAUCGAAUAAUAGUUGCGGGUUUCUUUCGUCACUGGAAUAGUAAUUUUUUUUUUGAUAAUUAAUAAUAAUUUUGUAACAUAUUUAUUGUAGUAGAGGAAUCAUGAAUACCAAAUAGUAAAACGUUAUUAGUUAAUAAAUUAGGUUGCUUU